AAAGGUCUUCAUCAGAGGAAGAGCAGAAGGUGUGAGUCAAUCAGUCCUUUUAACACACUGAGCAAAAUUUCACCGCCUGAAGAUCAACCUGAAGGUAGAAACCUUCAGACACACAACAGAUUGAAACUGUUCUACAAACAUGGGAAAAUAUUUAAUACUUUUGAUCGACUCAAAUUUGUGAGGUCUGUCACUACAUCCGUCAAGUUAUUUAAAAUAUCUAGAUGUAAGGAAAUUAAAGCUGAAAUUCUGUUCUAUCAUGUCAUCUUUAUCUUUUUGAGUAGAGGUAUGGUGAUAUAGGAAAGAGAGCAUUAUUAAUGUGUGUUUGUUAAUAGGCAGGUAAGGUGUCUCCUAGGGCAGGUAAGGUGAAUCUCAGGUGUGGUUCAAACCAUUAGUAAAAGUGAAAGUGAUGUGACAUGCAGCAGAAUUUGUUCUCUGCAUUUAACCCAUCCAAAGUGCGCACACACACAGCAGUGAACACACACUCACUGUGAACACACACCCGGAGCAGUAGGCAGCCAUUUAUGCUGCGGCACCCGGGGAACACACUAUAAACCUUUUUAAACCAAUUUUAAACUCAACAGUUUUAACAUGUAAACUCUUUUGAACUAAAGACAAGUGUUUUUCCCUUCUUUCAUGUUUUUUUUUUCUCUAAUGAAGGAUCCACCCACCUUCUGCGGUAUUAAAGCAGAGUACUUGUCUCUGUUAGUAACUUCCACCUGAAGCUGAUUUUUCAUCUCCAGAUCUUCACUGCUAUGGCGAGUCAGACAAACCUGUUUGAGGAUGUGCCAUGUCCUGAGAGCUCCCAAAGCCAGAGGAAGAGAAAUUCAUCCAUUACGGUACCACUCAACUUUACAGGGCACUUUGGGCAGGAAUCAGUUGGACAUGAGAAGGUGUUUAAUGACCCAAUCCAUGGUCACAUCGAGCUGCACCCCCUGCUAGUGAAGAUCAUCGAUACUCCUCAGUUCCAGAGACUGCGGUAUAUUAAACAGCUGGGAGGAGCCUACUUUGUGUUUCCUGGAGCUUCACACAACCGAUUUGAACACUCAGUAGGUGUUGGAUAUUUAGCAGGUUGUCUCAUUAAAACUCUAAGUGAAAAACAGCCAGAGCUUGGCAUCACAGAAAAAGACAUCCUGUGUGUUCAGAUCGCUGGCUUGUGCCAUGACUUGGGUCACGGCCCAUUUUCUCAUCUGUUUGACCGCAUGUUUAUCCCAAGGGUCCGUCCUGAACUGCAAUGGGAGCAUGAAACUGCAUCAGUGAAAAUGUUUGAGCAUCUGGUGAAGGAGAAUAACCUGGAGGAUAUGAUGAUGAAAGAUUAUGGUCUUUCUAACAAAGACCUCGAAUUUAUCAAAGAACAAAUUGCAGGACCUUUGAAACCCUCUGCACAAGACAAGUGGCCCUACAGUGGAAGACCUGAGGAACAGUCCUUCUUGUAUGAGAUUGUGGCAAAUAAGAGGACUGGCAUUGAUGUGGACAAGUGGGAUUAUUUCGCAAGAGACUCGUAUCACCUGGGACUCAAGAACAUCCCAGACUACCAGCGUUUCCUAAAAAUGGCCAGAGUGUGUGAGGUCAAUGGGAAGAAGAUCAUCUGUGCCAGAGACAAGGAAGUCCAUGAUUUAUAUGACAUGUUUCACACAAGACACUCCCUACACCGCAGAGCCUAUCAGCACAAAGUGACCAAGAUCAUUGAGGAAAUGAUAACAGAAGCCUUGGUCAAAGCCGAUCCUUACAUUCUGAUCCAGGGAUCCUCUGGAAAGAUGUACAAAAUGUCAGAGGCCAUAGAUGACAUGGAGGCCUACACCAAGCUCACAGAUAACAUCUUUGAGCAGAUCCUGUACUCCUCUAAUCCAAACCUGUCUGAAGCUCAAACCAUCAUGAAGAAUAUUCUCUGCAGAAAAUUGUACAAGUGUGUGGGACAGACGAUACCUGAAAAAGCUCUUAAUUUGACAGAGGAAGCAUUGGCCAAAGAAGUGGCUGAGUCCAAACCUGAUGACACUGAGGUUGUCCUGAAAGCUGAAGAUUUCAUAGUCAGCGUAUUUGGUAUUGAUUAUGGCAAGAAGGAGAAAAACCCCAUCGACAACGUCUACUUCUACUGCAAGCACAACCCCACUGAAGCCUUUCAGAUCCGCAAGGAACAGGUGUCCAAACUGCUGCCGGACAGAUUUUCUGAGGAGCACAUCAUUCUUUACUGCAGACAGACAGAUAAACUGGCAGAUGCAAAGAAAUACUUUCAGCAGUGGUGUAAGACGAAGAAUUUGAAACCUCGGGAUGCUAAUGUUUUAGUUCAAGAACUUACUCCUGCCAAGAAAACUCAAAAUGAAGAACAAGGAGAUGCAGAGGAAAAAGUUCGGGUAAAGAAAGCCCUCUUUUAAACACCAGGCACGGACAACAGUGUUGAAGCCAAUUCAACCAAUUCUCCUGUUAAAGGUUUAAAUUGAUUAUAAACUGAAUUUUAAACUGACUUAAACUCUAUCUUGGGGUCAUAACGUAUAUACUUCCAUUACUUGUUAGUUGUAUUUAGGGUAGGAAAACUGUUGUCUUCUAUUGCUUUACAAAAUAAUUAUUUUUACUUUAAUCACUUUCUUUCACAUGGUCAUGUAAAAGAUUUACCUUCAUGUAGGGACUUUCUGACAUUUAAGACUUUCUAUUAAGUUUACUUGGUGAUGUGUCUUAAAGAAAUUUAAUUUAAGGCUAAUAAAUUCUCUGGUUUCAUCUUA